AUGCAUAUCCUCAACCUCCUCCUCCUGCUCCCAGUAACAUUGGCUGUCGCAACCGGCAUCACAAAGCCCCCCAAGGGCUCCGUUGUAGUCGACAUCAACAGCAGUUCCCCCAAUGUUUUCAAAUCCGUGCAAGACGCCGUCUGGGCCCUCCCGAACGACACCUCCUCGCAGACAAUCUUCAUUUACCCUGGAACCUACAAGGGGCAAGUAGUACUCUGGCGUCCAGGUCCAACCGUCUUCCAGGGCUACACCAAGAAUAUCAAGUCGCAGAAAGAAAACACUGUGUUGCUCACAAACUCGUUGGUGGCCUCAGUGGCCGGCUCGAACGCAAAGAGCGCUACUCUGCAGAUCUACUCAAAUGAUACGACAGUGUACAACAUCGAUAUCGAGAACUCGUAUGGCACCGGUGGAGCAGAAGGGUCCCAGUCUCAGGCGUUGGCGCUGUGCCAGGCGGGUGCUAGAAAUGGAUACUAUUCGUCUGGCUUCUACUCCUUCCAGGACACUGUUUACACCCAAAAUGGCACCGCCUUCUUUGGCAAUGUCUACAUCAAGGGCGCCGUCGACUACAUCUUCGGCAUGCGCGGUCUCGCAUACUUCCAAGACGCUAUCCUGGCCUCCUCGCGCGCUGGCUACAUCACAGCCCAAGGCCGCGAGAACUCAUCUUACUUUGGUGCCUACGUGUUUGACAAUGCCAAGCUCAUCACCGUCGAGAAUGCCACGGACAACAGCAUGUUCCUCGGACGCCCAUGGCGCAACCAUUCCACUGUCGUGUUCAAGAACUCUGACUUUGGCAAUGUUGUAGACCUGCGGGGAUGGUCAAUUUGGGGCUCCACCGACCCGAGGACCGAUGCGGUGUACUAUGCCGAGUAUAACAAUAAGGGUGCGUCAGCGUGGAACUCGCAGAGGGCGAACUUCUCAAAGUUGAUUGGUAGAGAGGAGGCGGAGAAGACUUGGAGCGUUGAGAACACGAUAGGAAGCAAGAAGUGGGUUGACAAAAGAUUUCUUUAG